AUGGACGACGCACGGGCAGAGCUCCUCGCCUCAAGGGCAGGUCACGCCGCCAAACUCUCGUCGUCUUCCAAGAGCGACAUCCGCGCCCUCUACCUCGACGCAGCCCAGGCGCAGCAGCAUCACCAGCUGCAGCAGGACAAGCGCUACAUCGACCUCGCGCCCACUUUCCUCUCGCUCCACCACCAGGCCGCAGCCUCGACCCAGCUUCUCGACGGCCUCCAGUCCUUUCUCUCCACCUUCCAGUCCGACCUCUCGAGCCUCUCGUCCCACAUCUCGGCGCUCCAGACCACCUCCCAGGCCAUCGACACCAGGCUGGACGCGCGCAGGCAGAUCGAGACCGAGCUGGCACACUUCCUCUCCGAGAUCAGCCUCAGCCCGCGCGUCGUCGACCUCUUCUUCGAGACGGAGCCAGACGCAAAGGUCGAGCUGUGGAAAAAGGCCGUCCGGCAGCUAGAGAGGGUCAUUGAGGCGACAAAGAGCGGCGCCCCGCCUCUCGUCGCUGCUGCUGCUGCUGCUGCUCCAGAUGCAUCGUCCUCGCAGGGAGGUCAGCCGCCAUCGACCGAGCACCAGGCCGUCAAAGAGGCGCGCGAGGUGGCCGAACUGUGCAAGAACAUCGUCGCGAGCAAGCUGCGCGCCUUCCUGCUGGCUCCCUACGCCGCCAUCCGAUCCUCGGUGACGACCAACGUCCAGGUGCUCCAGACAUCGAUCCUGCUCCAGCACCACCGGCCCUUCUACGCCUUUCUCGCCCGCCAGAUGCCUCGGGUGGCCAUCGACGUCCAGCGCACCUACGUCGCCGCCGCACGCCUCUACUUUGAGACGGCCUUCCGGCGCUAUGCCCGCUCCUUUGGCGUCAUCAAGUCGAGGUGGAGCGAGACGGCAGGAGGUCUCAUCACCGACCCGCACUCGGCGUCCUCUUCUUCCUCGUCGUCUUCGUCUGGCGCGUACGGUCUCGGAUCCGCCAGCAGCGCCGGUGCUGCUGCUAUGGCCUUUCUUUCAAGACCAUCGUCCGCCUCGUCGCAAGCGGCGAGAGGCGUUGCAUCAGACGGCAAAGGCACAGCCGGCCCUGCAGAUCCCUGGGAGCUCGACGUGGCCCGCCUGGACAACGCACGGCUGGACGGCCCCGGCAUCGUGCUCGGCUACAUGGCCGACGAUUCGUCUUUCCGAGCGUCGCCCGAGAGCCUGUUCCGCGCGAUAUCCCUGGUCAUGGUGGACAACUCGUGCUCGGAGUACACGUUCCUCGUGCGCUUCUUCGAGAACCUGCAGGACGACACUGUCGUCGUCGUCGCACCCACGCCGAGCGCGCUAAAAGCGGCCGCAGGUGACGGCAGCAAUGGCGGCGCGCUGGGCGACGACGGCUCACGGGCGGGCACGGCGCCGGGCGACGAGGAUGCAGAACCAGAGGCGGCGGCGGCGGAGCCAGAGCCGGAGCCGAGCGUGGUGCAGCUGAGCCGAUCCGAGCAGCGACAGAUGAAGGGACGCGGGGCUAGCGACGAGAUCUUCAAGCAGGUCCUGGAGCCGGCGCUGAGUACCUGGACGACAUUUACCAAGUCGCUCCUCACGCCGGCGCCGCCGCUCCUCUCGCUCCUGACGAUGCUGCGUCUCAACGAGACGCUGCUCAAGCUCGUCGAGAGCCGCGGGUGCAGCACGCCGUUGGUGGAAUCGGCGCUGAUGGGGUUCAAGAUCCAGGCCUUCCCCAUCCUCAAACGGCAGUUUGACGAACAGAUCGAGGCGCUUCGACGCUUCAACGCCGGCAGCGGCGGUGGUGGUGGUGGUGCAGAUGCUGGUGGUGGUGGGGGUGCCGGGUUGAUGAAGGGCAUGUUUCGUGUCGUCGCUUCUGCCGGUGGUGGUGCUGCAUCGGCCGAUGCGACGGGGACGGGGAGAGACGAAGGUGUCAAGAUGGUGGCGAGACGAUAUGCGUCGUUGUUUUCGCGUAUGGUCUACCUUUUUGAAGACGACGAAGACGACGGCCUAUUCAACAAUAUGAUGCGACUUCGAAACGAGCUCGAAAAAUCCAUCACCUCGUCUCGUUCCCCCUCUUCAUCGACGAUGAAGUACGACAUCAUCUUGAAAGGCCUCGAAAUGGGACCGGCCUCGACCAGUCUCCCACGCAUCCAGGCCGAGAUUUCGCACUGGACCGAAUCGGUUCGCUCGGCCGGGAUGCAUCAAUCAGCCUAG